AAAGUGAAAGCAAUACAAAAUAAAGUCUUGCCUGAUGUGUAAAGACGAAUGAAAUUUCCGUUCUAUAUUAUCAACUAAAAUGUCAUUACGUGGGUUUGGCAAUAGUUAUCUGGAAAAUGAGGAAGAGGAGGAGGAGGAAGAGAACUAUGAGCAGAGCACUUCUAGUCAGUCUGCCUCGGCCAGGGGGAGCCACGUUGAGUGGCAGCUGUAUGAAGGACAGAAAUGGCUUAGUAUUGGCAAUGACCAUGUGAUCGAGACCCACUACUGCCAGCCUGGGGCCAAAGGAAUGAACAUCUACCCAUCACACAUGGGGCAGGUCUAUAUAGAUUUUGAUCAGAUUGAGGCUCAAAAUGCUGCCAUGGGUGUACGGCGACUCACGUUCCUACCUCAGGGUCAAAAUGAAGACAUCGGGUGGUAUUUCAAAGACAAUCUGAUAUGGCGUGAAUACGGUUCUUUGGGUCCAGGUCAGGGCUCGUCCUCAGUCAGUAGUGGUGAUGUGGAACGACAGUACAUCCUCAGACCUCAGGGGACCUUCCACUUCACUGUGGGGAGGAACAGCUACACGUUAGACUUCACAGCUAUGACACAGACCAAUUCAGCCACCCGGGUACAGAGAAACGUCCGGCGGCGUCCAAAGUUCAACUCCGUCGUCUCAGGGAAUGGCAGCGUGUCCAUUGCCCAAUCAGCCCCCACCGUAAUUGCCUCACCACCUCCCUCUGCUGGCUACACCUGGGAGUUCAUGGGUGAGGAGGGAGUGUGGAUAGAAUACCAGACUCCAAGUUGCUCAAUGGAGAGUGCUGGGAUUGAGAGACGCUACCAGCAGAACCCUAAGGGACAGAUACGCUUCAAAGCUGGGAGAUAUUCCUACACCCUCGACUUCUCAGGCAUGUGUCAGACCAACGUUCACAUCGGGACCAAAAGAAUUGUGAGGAGAACUCAAUGUGAAGCUCAACAAACAAGCAGUGGAGGAUUGGGUUUACGGUCCCGUUGGCAGUUUCAAGACGUGGACGGAAGCUGGAAAGACUUUGCCAAAAGGAGCGACACCUGCAGUGUAUCCAGCCAGGACAUUGAAGCACAGUACCAGCAGAACCCAAAUGGAACUAUGAACUUCACUACCAGGAGAUUCAGCUAUCAACUGGACUUCUCAGCCCUGACCCAAAGAAACCUGUCCACUCAGACCACCCGAUCUGUUCGACGCCUGAACUAAUCACUGCCCACGACACUGUCCUCUGUCAGGGGCGAAGUGCAAUACCCUGGCAGUGGAGGCUGGUGGGAGGAGCUAUAGGAGGAC